GCAUACUCACACUACGUUUUUGCAUAUUUUUGGACCGAACUGUGGCCAGAUACAUCCAGGGGCCAUGCUAAUCUUCUCUGUAUCGUUCCAAUUUUAACGGAUGUCCCGAAGGACAAGUACGACUGUUUGUAAUUGGGAUGCACAUGUGGGUCUGGAGUUUCACAGCGCACGGCAUGUCCGAAAGUACUACCCUUGGGUAGGGUAGGGUCGGAAGGGUACGACCAUCCUUCCGGAUUCGGGGGACCGGUAGGCAAGUUUGGAAGACCGGUAGCGCCAUCUCGUCGCCGGUAGAACACAGCGGAGGUGUGUGCGCGCGGUCGUUUGGGCGGGCUUGACCUGCGGUGGAAGCGAGGAACCCGCCGGAGUGGUUCCGUUGUUUGGGCGGGGAAUGACGGGUGCGUGAGGGGAAGGGAGGAGAGGUGGACAAGGAAGGGGAGGCGUGGGGGAGCGGGCGGUUGGGGGGAGGAGGGCGCACAGAGAGGAGGAGGCCGGCUAGCGUGACGCUGAGGGUGCCGCCAUCGCCAGAGCGGCGGCUGCUCUGUCGUGGUAGGUAGAAGGUUCAUCUCCCGAAGAUGCUGGUGGAUAUGGCGGCUUCAGUGGACGGUCGAUCUCCAAGCAGCGGCGGCGGGAUGUAUGUCGAUAAUUAUGAUUAUAAUAAUAAUGACCAGGGAGGGCAGCCGAGGUCCUGGCAGGGGGAGGAGGAGAGGCAGGUGCAAGUGCGGUUCACGACGUCGCUUCCGCCCAAGUUCCGUGUGACGAACGCGCCCUUUGCAGUACCUGGCCAUCUUACUCGUUAUGGGCUCUCGGAAGUCAUCAACACCCUGCUCCAGCUAGAAAAAACCAUUCCCUUUGACUUCCUUGUGGAUGGAGAGCUGGUACGUGGGUCGCUGGAGAAAUUGCUGGUGGCAAGGAAACUAUCUGCGGAAACCAUUCUUACGAUCGAAUACAUCCCGGCCGUUGUACCUCCUCAUAAGGAGCAGAGUGUUCUCCAUGACGACUGGAUCAGUGCACUUUCUGGAUCGUUGCCCAGGUGUAUUAUGACUGGAUCAUAUGAUGGUACAGGAAGACUCUGUGACACAUCAGGUGUAUGCUUGGCGACCUUAACUGGACAUUCCGAUGCCAUUACUUCCAUUGCGGCUUUGCCACCUCCUCGGCUGCAAGAAGGUGGAGAGGCUAUUAUGCAGCAGCAGAUUGCUACGGCUUCUAAGGACCGAACAAUCAAGCUUUGGCAUCUCUGUUCUGGGUCUUGGGAUUGCACCAUAAAGGUCUGGAAUGCAGACACUGAGCCGGAUGUACCGGUGGACGAGGAUGGCCUAUCGACAAAGAGAAGGAAAGCUUCAGAUGGGGAGGCCGUCUCCGCAGAUGGGCAGUUAAAACAGGUAUCUGCAAUUGCCACCCUCGCGGGUCAUACGCAGUGUGUUGCCGCCGUUGCUUGGUCUGAUCCACAGACAAUCUACUCAGGUUCCUGGGACCAUUCCAUCCGGUCGUGGGAUGUGGAGACGCACACAAACAUGCUAAUUUUGACAGGUAGCAAAGCCGUUCACUGCUUGAGCGUUCAGGAUGAUGAUGCAUCUUCUCUCAUUGCGACUGGUGGUUCUGACAAUGUGUUGAGAAUUUGGGAUCCUCGUGCCUCCGAUACUGCUGCUCCUGUGAUGCAAUUGUCAUCACACAAGAAUUGGAUAACAGCUGUAAAAUGGUCGACGAAGUCAGAGAACCUCCUCUUGUCAGCAUCGCAUGACAACACUGUCAAGAUCUGGGACAGGCGCAGCAAGAUACCGUUGCACACAGUAACCGAUCACAAUGACAAGCUAGACUAGAUGGCACAUUCAACUGGAACUCACGGAUGAAGCGACAUUUAUGAUAGAAAAUGAGGGCAUCAGGGCAUUUCACAGAAUUAAGCAACUUUGCAGAAGUCGGAGGAAAAAAAUCAGAAGUAAAACAAAAUAGUAUAAUUGAA